AUUCCCAUAACAUUUUUGUCAGCACAACCAUUCAGUUUACUGGUCGCAGUUGAUAAGCGCACAUCUCCAAACAUGAGUUCCAAAAUAGUGCUGCAUACAACCCGUCGCACCCCCGGAGGACGAGCUGUUCAAAUCUUGUCCCACAUUUUGGGGCUGGAUCUCGAUCUCAAGUUUGUCGAUCUGUCCAAAAAGGAACAGAUGAGCGAGGAGUUUCUCAAGUUAAACCCAUUCCACACGAUACCGACCAUUGACGACGAUGGUGUUCCGGUGUACGACAGCCAUGCCAUUCUCGUCUAUCUGGUGUCCAAGUACGCCAAGGAUCGGGAUCUCUUUCCGGAGGAUCCCGUCAUCCAAGCUCGCAUCAACGCUUGGUUCCACUUCGACUCCGGAGUUUUGUUUCCGAGACUGCGUGGUGCCGUUGAACCAGUGUUCUACUUUGGUCUGAAGAAGAUUCCCCGGGAUCGAAUGGAAGCAAUUGAGGCGGCUUACGAUCUAUUCGAAGGAGCGCUGAAGGGCGAUUUCCUGGUAGGAGAUUCGUUGACGCUGGCGGAUAUAAGCGUAACCACUUGUUUGGUGUCCUUGAAUGGAGUUUGCCCUAUGGAGGAGUCUAAAUAUCCGAAAAGCUGCGCUUUUCUUAAACGGAUGGAACAGUCAAUGCCGUGCUACAAGGAGUUCAACGCUGAAGUGUUGGAAGAGACCAAGGUAUUUCUAAAGCAGAAACUGGAUGAAAACAAUAAGAAAUAAAAUCAACCACUGUGAAUUACUA